UAACAGAAAAUAUGGAGUGGAAAAGUUUCGUGAUCAGAGAUGAAAAUGGCACAGAGCUUGAAUUAAUACAACACGAGGAAAUGAUUAUGCCGGCAAAGUAUCUACAAAUGGAACCCGAGAAAAAGCUCAAACUUAUUCGUGAAUAUAAAUACAAGAAAGACGAUAUUUUGCUUUGCAGCUACCCUAAAACGGGCACGCACUGGAUAUCGAAUCUUGUCUACUUUCUGACAACACCGGGACAUGUAGAGUCUAUGACAACGGUUCCCCCUAUGUUAAUGGAUAUGAUUCCACUGGACAAAUGGGAUGCUGUAGAGAAGAGUCAUGUCAUUAAUUCCCAUUUAAGGGUCAACCGAGUUCCCCGUGAACAUUUAGAGCAAGACGGAAAGGUUAUCAUCAUAACCCGUGACCCGAGGGACACCAAUGGAUUUCCUCCAUCAGUAAAGCUAGAAAUCGCCAUUUGA